CAAUUCACACAAAUUAAAAACAUAACAAGCUUCAGAUUUGAAACAACCUAUAAAAAAUCGGAAUAUAUAUAAGAAAUUUGAAAUAAAGUAUGCAAAAGACAAGCGAAGAGGAUGGGGCACACACAAACCAAACUGCGUGUAAGCCUAAAAUGGAUGCUGACGACACUGGUGGUGGCGGCAGCGGUGUUGGCGGCGGCGCCAAUCGCAUAGUUGUAGCAGCAAUACUUGGAGCGACAGAGACACGCAUACGAAUCAAUAAAUGGCGCGUACGCGAAGGACAAAAUGUUUCGGCGGCACAAAUCCUCUUCCUCUACCAACAACUGGGCGACGAUGGCAAACCGAUCAAGAAGGACGACACCACAAUCCAUAAGUAUAAGUCAAAUCGUGCUGGUGUAGUAAAAAAGCGGCUGCGAAGGGAAGGCGAGAUUGUGAUAAAAGGGGAUGCGCUUUUAGAGUUAUCCGAAUGCAUACACACAACUGUUAUCAAGGACAUGUGCGCAGACUGCGGCGCAGAUUUGCGGCAAAACGAAAAUGGACAAACAUCGGAAGCAUCAGUGCCCAUGGUGCACACCAUGCCCGACUUGAAGGUCACACAAAAGCUCGCUCAGAAACUGGGCCAUGAUGACACACGUCGGCUGCUGGCCGAUCGCAAACUGGUGCUGCUAGUGGAUCUCGAUCAGACCGUAAUACACACAACCAACGAUUCGGUACCGGAGAACAUCAAGGGCAUCUAUCACUUUCAGUUGUAUGGCCCGCAAUCCCCUUGGUAUCAUACGCGUCUGCGCCCCGGCACCGCAGAGUUCUUGGAGCGCAUGUCGCAGCUUUAUGAGCUGCAUAUUUGCACAUUUGGCGCUCGAAAUUAUGCGCACAUGAUUGCACAGCUGCUGGAUCCAGAUGGCAAGUUCUUUUCACAUCGUAUUUUGUCACGCGACGAAUGCUUCAAUGCCACCAGCAAGACGGACAAUCUAAAAGCUCUUUUUCCGAAUGGCGAUUCGAUGGUGUGCAUUAUUGAUGACCGUGAGGAUGUUUGGAACAUGGCCUCCAAUUUGAUACAAGUGAAACCGUAUCAUUUCUUUCAGCAUACCGGUGACAUCAAUGCGCCGCCAGGACUCUCCAAACAUGAACUAGACGGUGAAGGCGUCGAUUUCAAAGAAAUUGAUAAGUUAGCUGGCAAAAAAGCAGAGAGUGCAUCUAAGGAACUGCCGAAAACCGAUGCCGAUGAUGCUGACAAGGCUGAUAAUACAGUUUCGAGUACCAGCAAGGAUGAAGAGGGUAAUGAAGAGUCUGUGGAUGCAUUUGAAAUGACAAGUGAAGGCAAAGAUGCAGAAGCAGCUAAUACAGCCAGUUGCACAGCAGUUGAGCAGAGCGCCGAUAAAUUCAAUGGCAAAGCGGAAGCAACAUCGGAAGAUGUCACAUCUGGCGAUGAAAACUCCUCUGGUUUGCCAGAACAAGAGUCAAUGAAUAACGCAAAACAAGGCAGCGAUUGUGAUGAUAUUAAUGUUACCGAUGAUUUGCCGUCGGAGCCUUCUGAUAACUCCAAAGCGUCGGCGACUAAGAAAGAAGAUGACGAAAGCAUCGCUUCGUCAACAAGUGGCGACGAUAAACGUGGCGAAGAUGACGCGUCAGCAGCAACAGCAGCCGCUGCCCAAGCUGAUGAUGUGGCAACAACAUCGCAAAGUCCGAGUCCAAAUGUUAAAGUUACCAGCGAUGGGCAGAAACAAAUCGAAAUCGAGGAUCCCGAUGAUUAUUUACUGUAUCUCGAAGUCAUAUUGCGCAACAUUCACAAACGUUUCUAUGCCAUCUACGACGAGACCACAGAAAUACCCGAUCUGAAGAUUAUUGUGCCGAAGAUACGCUGCGAAGUGUUGCGCGGACAGAAUCUAGUCUUUUCCGGCUUAGUGCCCACACAAAUGAAGCUCGAACAGUCGCGGGCCUACUUCAUAGCCAAGAGUUUGGGUGCCGAGGUGCAGUCGAACAUCAGCAAGGAAAUCACACAUCUGGUGGCUGUUAAUGCUGGAACCUAUAAGGUGAACGCCGCCAAGAAGGAGAUCAACAUCAAGGUAGUGAAUGCCAAUUGGUUGUGGGCAUGCGCCGAGCGAUGGGAGCAUGUCGAGGAACGCCUGUUUCCGCUUGAUCGCAAGUCACGGAAUAAGGGCAGACAACCGCCAGCACAUUGCCAUAGUCCCGAGCACGUAGUCAACUAUAAUGAGAGAUCAGAGAUUUCGCCAUCGAGCAGCAUGCAACAAGAGCAGGGCGGCAACUUUCGGGAAACACUUAAUCCAUUGCUGGUAUUCACCAAUGCGGACAUUGAGUCUAUGAACAAGGACUAUGAAACAUUCUUCGAGUCCGAUUCAUCCAGCGAUGAAGGACCUGUUAAUUUUGAAAAUCCGCCAAUGGACAAGAAGUUGCUGAAGCGAAAACGCGAUGACGACAACUCGAAUCGAGCUCAUGAUUUUUUUACCCGCGCCGAGGAUGUAAUGAUGGGAGCGCCGACCGGAAGCGCUGCUGACUUUGACAAAAGCUCCAAUGAAGGAGAUGAAAAUGAGGACGAGGAAAAUGAAGAAGACGACGACGAAAUGCCAAGUGCCAAGUUUCGUCGAGGCGAAGAGUUACCAUCGGAUCUAGAAAUGGGUUCGGACUCAAAUAGCGAAAACAAUCAGGACGAUGAAGGCGACGAUGGCGAAUGGAAUAUGAUGGGCGCUGCUUUGGAGCGUGAAUUUCUCGGCCUAGAAGAUUAGGCGGUCUGCGGUCUGCACAAUUGAAAUAAAAAUGAACUCUAUGAUGCCAGUCAAAGGCAUGAUUGAGGCAUGGAAGAUUAAAUGAACUUGAGAACGAAAUGUUCCACACACACACUUUUGACAUUUCAAAUGUACCUAUUGUUCAAAAAAAGCAAAAUAGCAAAAAAAGAUAA